AUGGAUAGCGAAGAAGAAAAUGCUGAGAUUCCCGACGAUAACAAUGAAGGGGCGGACGGAGAUAACAAUGAUCGGGCACACGUCGAAGUAAGGAAACUUCCGCCUGUGGCACCAGAACAAUUCGGCGAGGGCUUGCCUUAUGCGCCGGAAAAUUGGCCGAAGCCCGGCGACAUUUGGGGAUGGAGAACCGGUAAGAAAGUUUCUACGACUGGGCACUUCCUGAACCGAUACCUUUAUCUUCCAUCUAGUCUUUGCGGAAUCAGCAGUCGUGGCCGAACCGCAGGCCAGAAGCGGAAACAGUGUUUUGCUAGCAAGGUUGCGGUUAAACGCUACUUGACAGAUACAUUCCCUGAUGUUAAAGUCUACGAAUUCUUUGGUAACUUCAGCUGGAUGAUUCCUUGUGUAAUGCCUGGCGCUGAAGAGCCUGGCGCUGAAGAGCCUAUACCGCAGCCUGCACCUGCGGUAUCACUCGUAGAGUCAUCACAUUUGAAGCAGAUAGAAUCUAACGUUGUGUGUAAAGCUGGGAAUAAGGAGUGCAGCAGCUUGAGUUUGGAAGAACGAGAAAAAUAUUCACCUGGGAUGCCCUGUAACAUAUGCUGCGCUGUAGCUGAUUUUUGCCGUGAUUGUAGCUGCAUUCUCUGUUCCCGAAAUGUGGAUUCAGCUUAUGGUGGCUAUAGUUACAUCAAGUGCCUAGUAAAAACUAACGAUAACAUUUGUGGGCAUGUUGCUCACAUGGAAUGUGCUCUUCGAGAUAGCCUGGCUGGCACUGCUGGAGGAGACGUUGCAAUUGAUGCCGAGUACUAUUGCCGGCGCUGUAAAGGGAGAACUGAUUUGGUUUCUCAUGUUAAGAAGCUUAUAGAGUCAUGUACAACUACUAAUUUGGACAGUGACAUUAGAAAAAAUAUUUUAAAUCUUUGCACGUCUCUCUUAGAGAAUUCAAAGAAAGACGAUGCAAGGAAGCUUCUGAUCAAAAUCGGAAAGAGCGUCCAAGAGGUUAAAUGUGAGACUAAUCGUCAAGAUACAAGUUUAUUCGAUGACGGUUGUGAAGGCUUAUCCGUUGAAAGCCCUUUAGACGUUCCAAUAGCGACAGAACCUUGUCAUUUGUCUGCUGAAUUAAGACUUGAGAUCGAGACUGAUUGUAUUCUGCGGGAUCUUAAAAGUUCGCAAGAGUAUGAAUAUAAAUGGGCAGCAGGAAAACUCAAUGAACAGAAAAAGUUGUUACAAGAUUUGCACCGGCAACUGGAGGAUGAGGCUGAACAACUACGUGUACGCCCCUCAUCUGCCCCCGAAGGUUUGGAAGAUUCGAUCAGACAAAAAAAGGAACAGAUAGAGAAGGAAACCAUGAAAUUUGAAGAAAUGAAAAAGGUGGACAUCGGUUUUGCCAGGACCUCCAAAGACAUUUUACAGAAUUACUUUGGCUUAUGGGUUCGACAAAGAUUCAAUUGA